AUGGUAAGGAAAUUGAAGUUUCAUGAACAAAAAUUGUUGAAGAAGGUCGAUUUUUAUGACUGGAAACAGGACCAAGGACAUCGUGAUACUCAGGUUAUGAGAACCUACCAUAUCCAGAAUAGAGAAGAUUAUCAUAAAUACAAUCGUAUAUGUGGUGAUGUCCGUCGUCUUGCUAAUAAAUUGUCUUUAUUACCUCCAACUGACCCAUUUAGAUCAAAACAUGAACAACUACUGUUGGAAAAAUUAUAUGCCAUGGGUAUACUUUCCACUAAAUCAAAAAUAUCUGAUUUAGAAAAUAAAGUCACUGUAAGUGCCGUGUGUAGAAGAAGACUGCCAGUUAUUAUGCAUAGAUUGAAAAUGGCAGAAACAAUUCAAGAUGCAGUUAAAUAUAUCGAACAAGGUCAUGUAAGGGUUGGCCCAAAUUUGAUUACGGAUCCAGCUUUCUUGGUCACUAGAAAUAUGGAAGAUUAUGUCACUUGGGUAGACUCUUCCAAGAUUAAACAAACUGUUUUGAAAUACAGAAACAGAAUCGAUGAUUUCGAUUUAGCAUAA